ACACAGCAAGGAGGAGAUCCCACAAGCAAGGUGAACGGAGGGAUGGGGAGAGCGGGCUCAAGGCAACUGAGCCCUACUGGCAGGCCCUCGGCACUCAGGCCGGGACAGGGAUAAGGGGCACAGAGUGCCCAGCUAGCCCCUUCUAGGAGCAGUGGGGAACUUUCAGAUGCUUGAACUCUCGAGAGCUGGGCUCUGAGCGUCGUCUUCUAGCUGCCAACUCGGCUAAAGACUAAGCUAGCAGUUUCUCCUGUUGCCGGGCAACGCAUCUUUCAAACCUGCGUGAGUGGGGGCGCGUGCAAAAACGGGCGCAAGUGAAAGAUCCACGCCAGGACGACCUUCAGGGACUCGCGCGACAUGGUCGUGUACAACGUGGGACUCUGCAUUUGUCUGUUUGAUAUCACCAAACUGGAAGAUGCCUAUGUAUUCCCUGGGGAUGGCGCAUCUCACACCAAAGUCCAUUUUCGCUACGUAGUGUUUCAUCCAUUUCUAGACGAGAUUCUGAUCGGGAAGAUCAAAGGCUGCAGCCCAGAGGGAGUACAUGUCUCUCUAGACUUCUUCGAUGACAUUCUCAUCCCCCCGGAGUCACUGCAGCAGCCAGCCAAGUUGUAUCCUCCCAAGGUUAAAAUGGUUUGUCACAGGCCUCUCGAAAGGAAGGUCCUCACUCCUUAGGAUGGCCUUUGGGUCCUGUAACCUGAUGCCACUGACCUCUGUGCCUACCCCCAGCCUGUGCUUUUGCUCAGAGGCACCAGCCUGUCUUGCCUCCCAAGCAGGGUGUGAUGUGAUGCCCAUGUGCCUGUCUUGCAGU